AUCAUCAAACACGAUGAACCACAACAUGAAAAUGCAGCUCUUACAGAACUGAAGUAUAUAUGAAGAGAUAAGUUAGUUUUUAAAAAGCAUGGUUUCUUACAUUCUAACUACUAUUCUUUGCCUUAUUUUCAUACGUAAAAGUAUAAUUACGAAGGAACCACUAGUAAAAUACAUCGCUACAGCCACGAACAUGCCACACGAUUUUCGUAGCAAAAACGUAAGAGCUACGAUGUAGUUACGAUAUGCUACGAAAAAGAAAACGUAGCCCUUUUCUUGCAAAACGUAGCAAAGCUUGCUACGAAAUUGCUACGAAUAUAUUCGUGGCAAUGUUCUCCUACGUUUUGCUACAUCUUUAACGUGGGUAUCGCUAUAUAUUAAUAUUUUAUCUUAGUCGGCCAGAAAAAAACAAAAAAACAAGCUUGCCACGAACAGAUUCGUAGCAAGCCAUGGCUAGCCCACCGAAAAAAAAAUUCCAUCAAUCCAAUCCUGCACUUAAGGCAGUGAUAAAUACAAAAAACUAAGCCACGAAAAUGUUUCAUGGUAAAUUUCGUGACUAGCUUUCUCAGUGCAAUCACAUCCGUCUGGUUGUGUGCAGAAAAGUUUCUAAUAUUUGCCACGAAACUAAUCGUAGCAAAACCGUAGCAAUUUUAGUGGCAAUUCGUAGCAAAAAUUGUAGCAAAUAUCGUGGCAAAUCAUGGCAAAAACGUGGCAAGGUAUUUUCUAUAUAAGCAAGCAAACCUACGAGAGUUCUAUCACAUUGCAAACCAUAACAACAAUCGUGAAAUCAAACCAUUUUUCCCUUGUGUUAAAAAAAAAAACCAUUUUCCCAAAAGAAAAAAAAUAGAAAGAAAUUUCAAUGUCUUAUUAUUUUCAAAAUCGAGAGUGGAUGGAUCGACACAUUGAUCCAGUUGAUAAUAAUGUUUCGAGAGAAUUUAGCGAAGGUGUUGAAGUUUUUAUCGCAUUUGCCUCGAGUCAAAAUUCUUUUAUGGAGCGAAAAACCAUGCUAUGUCCUUGUGUAAGUUGUGGAAACCGAAAGCAACGUGAUGUAAGAACCGUAUCCCGCCAUCUUUACCGAGUCGGCUUCAAAAGUAAUUAUUAUGUAUGGUCAAGCCAUGGAGAAACCUACUAUGACGCUGGAGAAUCUUCGACGGGAGGUCAAUUUAUGGGAGAUGAAGCAAGAUAUGUAGGCGGACCAUAUGAAGAGAACAUUCCUGGAGGAGACUUUGGGUCAACUGAAAUACCGGAGAAUUUGAUGGAGGAACCCAACGAAGAGCAAUAUGAAGAAGGAGUGUUUGAAGCUUUUGAAGCCGCUAAUCAACCACUAUAUGAUGGAUGUGUUGAAGGUAUUUCUCAACUAUACUUGGCAUCUCGUUUAAUGAAAGUAAAAACUGAUCAUAAUUUGGCGGAGUCAUGUAUGGAUGAGUUAUCACAAACUUUUAGAGAUGUUUUGCCACAACCAAAUAUAGCUCCUGAGUCAUAUUAUGAGAUGAAGAAGCUGACGAAGUCGCUUGGCCUCCCUGUCGUGAAGAUCGAUAUUUGUGAAGAUAAUUGCAUGUUAUUUUGGAAAGAAGAUCGCGAGUUGAUGGCGUGUCGGUUUUGUGGAAAAGAUAGAUAUCACCAGAAGAACCAUGGAAAAGGGAAAAGGCGUCCAAAACAGAGAAUGUUCUAUUUGCCUAUUACGGAGAGGUUGAAGCGUCUUUACCAACAAGAGGCUACUGCAUCACAAAUGCGAUGGCACGCAGAACAUGAGUCGCCAGAAGGAGAAAUGCACCACCCUUCUGAUGCAGCAGCGUGGAAGCAUUUUAACAAGGUAUAUCCUGAUUUCGCUGCGGAAAGUCGAAAUGUUUAUCUAGGAUUAGCAACAGAUGGAUUUAAUCCAGUGGGUAUGAGCGGUGAAUCCCACUCGGUCUGGCCCGUCAUCGUAACCCCAUAUAACCUACCUCCUGGUAUGUGUAUGAAAAGAGAAUAUUUCUUUUUAUCAGUACUAGUUCCUGGGCCAAGGCAUCCAAAGAAGAGCAUUGAUAUCUAUCUGCAGCCGUUAAUUGAAGAACUAAAAAGUUUGUGGAGCGAUGGAGUCGAAGCCUAUGAUGUCUCGAAGAAGCAAAAUUUUACGAUGCGAGCCGCACUAAUGUGGACAAUUAAUGACUUUCCCGCUUACGGCAUGAUGUCCGGAUGGAUGACUCAUGGCCGUUUAGCUUGUCCAUAUUGUCUUGAUGAUACAAAGUCUUUUUGGUUGCAACAUGGAAGGAAGCAUAGCUGGUUUGACUGCCAUAGAAUGUUCUUGCCUAGGGAGCAUCCUUACAGAAGAAAUGUCCAAGCUUUUCGAAAGGGGCAGACGGUAACUGAUGAUCCUCCACCAUGGUUGACGGGAGAAGAAAUUCUUCGCGAAAGAAUCAACAACAUCGAAGGACUGAAGGAAACGGUCGAUUGUGGAGGAAAUGGACACGAGAAACCUGCAAGCACUAUAAACGGCUACGGCAAAGACCACAAUUGGGUGAAGAAAAGUAUCUUUUGGGAGUUGCCGUAUUGGGAAAACCUGCUUCUUCGCCAUAACCUGGACUUCAUGCACGUUGAGAAAAAUUUCUUCGAUAAUCUUAUCAACACGGUGCUUAAUGUUCCCGGGAAGACAAAAGAUAAUGCAAAGUCGAGGAUGGAUCUACCUGAUUUAUGCAGACGGUCUGAGUUACAUAUGAAGGAUGAUGGAACGAUGCCAGUCCCGAUAUUCCGGUUGUCGAAGGAGGAUAAAAAAGAAUUUCUGCGAUGGUUGAAAAAUGAUAUAAAAUUUCCAGAUGGAUACGCUUCAAAGUUUAGUAGGUGUAUAGACGAGACGAAUAGCAAGAUUUCAGGUCUGAAAAGUCAUGAUUGUCACGUCAUUAUGCAGCGACUUCUCCCAUUCGCGUUUAAGGAAUUACUUCCCAAAAGUGUUCACAUUGCCAUUUCAGGUACAUAAUCUUAAUAAUUAGUUUGAUAUGUGUUAUGAUUUCUAACUCCUAUUAUUUUUUUGUAGAGAUAGCACUCUUCUUUCGUGAUAUAUCUGCGAAGAUACUUAAGCACGAAGAUGUUGCCAUUUUGAAAGAAAACAUUGCGGUGAAGCUUUGCAAUUUGGAGAAGAUUUUUCCACCUUCGUUCUUCGAUGUUAUGGAACAUCUGACCGUACAUUUAGCAGACGAAGCUGCUUUAGGUGGUCCAGUGCAAUAUAGAUGGAUGUAUCCUUUUGAGCGAUACAUGUACCAUCUGAAAAAGAAAGUUAAAAAUAAGGCACACAUUGGAGGUUCCAUCGUUGCACAAUAUGUGAAUGAGGAAAUAUCUACCGCUUCUGCUAACUUCUUUGGUAAUCCACAAGUGGUACCUGAGGUUCCACUUCCCGGAGAAGUUCGGUUUACAUAUCAAUAUCCAGAUGUGCCUAACUUGUUUUAUCACGAAGGUCGGGUUAGUGGAAAAUCUGAAGAGAAAUGGCUAACCGAUGAUGACUACACCGUCCUCCAGACUUUUCUGAUGCUCAAUUGUGAUACAUUCGAACCCUACGAAAGGUACUUUGAUUUUUUUUCUUGGUUAUUGUUUUAGAAUAUCUGAAGUUAUAAUCUCUUAAAAAAAUUCACAGGAUGUUCGAGGAGUUUGUGAUGGAGAGAAACCCGUAUAUGUCUGGUAAUGACCUACAAAUACUGAAAGACCAACAAUUUGCCGAAUGGGUGAAAAACUAUGUGAGUUUCCGAGAUUAUUUGAUUUAUAAUUUGAAUGAAACUUAUCAAUUAUAGAUAUAAAUUAAAUUAACAGGUUGUGCAAGCGAGUAACACAUAUGAGUUUCCGAUGUGGAUGUUGGAUUUUGUACAAGGUCCGCAACGUAAGUAUAAAUCUUGGCCGAUUUACCAUUCACGUGGCUACUGCUUCCACACACAUAGCCAUGGACAAGAUAAGAAAACCCAACAUUACGGUGUCCAAGUUCGUGGAACCACAGAUACUGACUAUUACGGUUUGAUCGAGGAGAUAAUGAUGGUUGAGUAUUUUGGUUCUGUUGGACUGAAGGCCAUGGUUUUUAAAUGUAAGUGGUUUGAUACAACUGAAGGUCGGGGAAUUCGAAAACAUAAUUCAGGAAUCGUUGAUGUGUCUCCGCGCUGGCAGUAUGAGAAAUAUGAUCCAUUUAUCUUAUCUGGUAAUUGUGAUCAAGUUUGUUUUAUUCCUUAUCCGCGGGUACGACAUACAUCAGCCAACGAUUGGUGGGCAUGUACAAAAGUUAUGCCUAGAGGGGUUCGAGAAACGUCUGAGGAUGCUCUUGUUGCGUUACAAGAUGAUACACACAACCAAGUUGUUGCACGGAGCGUGAUGGUGCGCAUUGAGACGUAUGUUGUCGAAGAUGAUUCAGAUUAUGAAUCCACGCCAAAUGUUCCUGCUAAUGACGAAUACGUUUCAGAAGAUGAAUUAGACGAGGCUUGUACUGAUUCGGAUUCUGAAUCUGAUUCAAGUUCUUAGUAAGUUUGUUGUUUAUGAAGUUUUUAAAAAUUGUAAUAUAAAUAAGUAAUCACUUGGUAAUUUGUAGUUUAUGAAGUUUAAAAUUUUUGUAAUAUAAAUAAGUAAUUUAUGAAGUUUUAAAAUUUAUGAAGUUUUAAAUUUAUGAAUUUUUUAAAUUUGUAAUAUAUAAUAAAUUUUUAAUUUAUGAAGUUUAAAAUUUGGAAAUAUGAAGAUAACUAGAUUUCUUAGUUUUAAAAUGUUAAUAUAUUCUUAAUUUCUAAUUAAUAGUUUUGAGAUUUCAAAAAAAAAAAAUUCUAAAACCUUACUAAACCCUAAACCCUAUCUAUACCCUAAAUCUAUUUCCCACCACAUAAUAAACCCAAAAAUUUUCCCUCCUAAACCCAAAACACAUUUCCCUCCUAAACCCAAAACCCAUUUCCCUCUAAACUAAAGCCCAAUUUCUAUACUUAAGAAAAUUUUUCCCCUCCACAAUUUUAUCACGUGUCUCUCUCUCUCUCACGGAGUCUCUCCUUCUGAAACUCUCUCAAACCUUUCGCCGCCUCUCUCAUUCUCUCUCGACCCUCUCUCACAGAUUCCUCUCCCUCUCUCUCUCUCUCACGGAUUGUCUCUCCUUCUGAAACGCUCUCAAACCCUUCGCCGCCUCUCUCAUUCUCUCUCGACCCUCUCUCACAGAUUCCUCUCCCUCUCUCUCAGCGAUGGCUCCUUCGACCGGAAUCCCAAACGAAUCCCGUCGUCGCCCGCGCUCUACCGGAUUACAGCUCCCAGAUAUGCGGCAAGGGAGACCUCAGUUGACCUUAUCGGAGCCUUCUGCCAUGGCCCCAUCUUUUUCUCCUCCCAUGUCUGUACCUCCUGGAGCUGUUCCUCACGCAUCUGCCGGCUCUUCAAGUGCAGCGCCUGCGGCUCCUGCCCCUUAUGUCAGGAGAAGAGAAGAUGCUCUACUACGUGCGCCAUCUAGACGUAACCAGCCACACCUCCAUCCUGACAAGAUCAAUGGAGCAUUGUGGU